ACUUUGACACUUCUGUGAAUCGUAUCCUGUUUCUGCGAAAAAGUUAUAAGAGGCUACAGGAAGGAUUGAUAACAUACAUAGCAAUAUUUUACUCGUUAACGGAAGCAAAACAGCUAUUAAAGGUUGAAAUGGGAGCUUUUGUUCAAAGACUACUCCUUGUCUGUGUGUUCGUCGCAGUUCGAAGUUCAAUGGUUGACGUCGAAGAGCUUGACUUUCGAAAAGCUUUUAAAAUAGUUGAGAAUGCGGCAAAACAACCAGGGAAUAUCGAUUACAACACAUUUUGCAGUAAAAGAGGACGUGGUACCUUUAAAUUUUCCUGUCGAAUGAAUAAAACGCCUGAUAUUGUUUUGCUUGUCUGUCUCGAACCUGAUAUUUGCGAAUAUAUUAUUCAAAGGGAGUUGCUCACUUUGAGUAUCCUUGCACAAGAAGGUCUCAAAGUCCUGCGUUUUUAUCCGAAGAUUAUCACUGGGCUCAGGUGCGGUGCAAAAGAAAGCAAGAACGUUAGCUGUAUGGGUUUUCUGGAAGAAUGGAUGUCACCCGAGAAAGGGAAAGAAAGGUCGCUGAGAAAGGUAAUUUUGGCGGAGAAGACCCAAGAUUUGGUGACGUGGUUAAUGGAUUAUCAGAAAAAUCGUUCAGCACGUUUUUUGACCGCCUGGCAUCUUGAAAAAAUUCGCCAAUUCACGGACCCAAAAACGGGUGUUUACUCAAGAAUCUGUGAUCUUCAGGGGUAUUUUAUGAAAGAUGGCGGGUUCACAAUUGCGGAUCCUGACGAUAUAAUAAAGAAUCAACCUUUGAAUUAUACGUGUUAUAGUGACGAGUACCCCACCACUCUGAUGGUCAUUAAAAGUCUGAAGAAAAUCGUCGACGACCUGGUGUCAAAUUAG